AUGGAGUCCCCUUCAGCCUCUGCUCACAGAGGGCUUGUCCCCUGGCAGGGGCUCCUGCUGGCCAUCUCACUCUUAACCUUCUGGAGCCCGCCCACCACUGCACAGCUCUCUAUUGUGCCGACCAAUGCUGCCGAAGGGAAGGACGUGGUUCUGCGUAUCCGCAACAAGCCUCCGGAUGCUGUGGGCUUUCGGUGCGGUCGAGAGAAAGUAAACAGUGAUGGAUCCAUGCUGUUAAAGAGGGCCACACGGAGGGACACAGGAUACUACACCGUAGUAGCCUUCCUUCGAAAUUCAAAAAAAGAAAUAGGAUUUGGAUGGCUCCGUGUAUACCAGCCUGUCAGAGUGCCCACCCUCCUAGCCAGCAACACCACAGUCACGGAGCAUAAGGAUUCCGUGGUCCUGACCUGCUACACAAAUGCAGUCUCCACCCAGUGGUUCUUCAAUGGCAUGAAUCUGCGGCUGACGGAACGGAUGAAUCUGUCCUGGAAGAACAGAACCCUCACCAUAGGCCCCGUCAGGAGGGAGGAUGCUGGGAACUACCAGUGUGAAGUGUCCAACCCCAUCAGUUCCGCUGAAAGUGCGCCGGUUGAGCUGGAAGUAAAAUAUAAGUGA